GGGAGCCAAUCGCCCCGGAGGAAAGCGUCUGGCUUCUCCUCAGGCGACGGAGGCACGCCCCAGCUCGGGGCCAGAGUCCGGGGAGCCUAGUGCGAAGUCCCAGGGCGAGAAGGGCUCCGGGGCGCGCGCCGCCGGUGUUGCGCGCUCGAGGCGCCCUGGCCGGGGGGAUGCCCCUGUGCGGGCUCGGCGACUAGCCCGACCUCUUGGUGCAUGGCCCAGCUAUGGAGGUGGUGGACGAGACCGAGGCUCUGCAGCGCUUCUUCGAAGGUCAUGAUAUUAACGGAGCUCUUGAAGCAUCAAACAUUGACACCAGCAUCCUGGAAGAAUACAUCGGUAAAGAGGACUCACAAGAUAUUUCUGAUUUAGAUUCCAUCUCUGACAUUCCAGCAUCAGCCGGUUAUCCUCAUACUCAGCCUGCCAGCUCUGCCACUGUCAAUGCAUCUGUCUCCAGUAUUGGUCAUGUAAUUACUCCUGUACCCAGUGGUAACUUCCAUCAUGGUCCCCCAAGCACCCAAGUCCCAGUCCGUCAUGGUCUCCAUCCUGGCCCUUCGAGCAGUCAAGUUCCAAUACGGCACGGUCCCCCCUUGCCAAAUCCAUGUGGGCCCAGUUACAGUGCCCAUCUCAACUGCAAUAACAACAAUGGCAUGGUAGUACCCAAAGGGUUUCUCAGUGGCCACUGCCUGUCCAACAUACCUCCUCCAAUCAAAUCAGAAGCCUCCUACACAUCUGGCACUUUACCCGACUCUCCCCCAGACUCCGGAUCCGAAGCUUACUCCCCUCAGCAGGUGAAUGAUCCUCACCUUCUUCGAACUAUGACUCCUGAGAAUAUGUGUCAAGUUACUCCCCCUUCACGGUUAGAGCAUCCCCCACCCCCUCCGCCUCCUCCACCCCCACCCCACCUUCAGGGACUGCCACCACCACCACCUCCUCAUUCACACCAGCAGCAGCACAGCCAUCACUAUCCCAGCAUGCAACGGGACAUGUACGCGAAGGCUGAGCCUCUGAUGCCACAGUUCACUAUAGGACAAGGCAUGUCACCUGGUGACCUCCAUCAUGCUCAGCAGUCGCAGAUGCUUCAUCAGCUACUUCAACAACAUGGAGCAGAACUUCCAGUGCACCCUGCCAAGAAGAGGAAACACUCAGAGUCACCAUCAAACACUCUCAAUGCCCAGAUGUUCAAUGGAAUGAUAAAACAGGAGCCAGGUACAGGAUCUGUGCCCCUCACCUCUGAAAGAGUUCAGACACCUCCCUGGCAUCAGCAGGGGGCGCUCUCCCCAGGACUGAUUCAGGAUAAUGACAGCUUGAACAGCUCUUCCUACUUGGAUCCCAACUACCAAUCUAUAAAAUGGCAGCCACAUCAGCAGAACAAGUGGUCGACUCUGUAUGAUGCCACCUAUAAAGAACUACCUAUGCCCACAUACCGAGUGGAUGCAGAUAAAGGCUUCAAUUUCUCUGUGGGAGAUGAUGCUUUCGUGUGCCAGAAAAAGAACCACUUCCAAGUCACCGUGUACAUUGGUAUGAUUGGAGAGCCCAAAUUUGUCAAGACUCCUGAGGGUCUGAAGCCACUUGAAUGCUUCUAUCUGAAACUGCAUGGGGUGAAGUUGGAAGCAUUAAACCAGUCAAUCAACAUAGAACAGUCGCAGUCAGAUCGCAGCAAAAGACCUUUUAAUCCUGUCAUGGUCAAUUUGCCUCCAGAGCAAGUCACAAAGGUCACAGUGGGGCGGCUGCACUUCAGUGAGACCACGGCCAAUAACAUGAGGAAGAAGGGGAAGCCUAAUCCUGAUCAAAGAUACUUCAUGUUGGUUGUGGCUUUGCAAGCUCAUUCUCAGAACCAGAACUACACUCUGGCUGCUCAUAUCUCAGAGCGCAUCAUUGUUAGACAAAGGGCCGGUUCGGGGGUAAAACACAAACAGAGGGCAGACGGGGACCCCGGAGUCUGCAGACAAGCUUCUAACCCAGGUCAAUUUGAGAGUGACAGUGAUGUACUUUGGCAACGCUCUCAGCUCCCUGACACUGUCUUUCACCACGGCCGGGUUGGCAUCAACACAGACCGACCUGAUGAAGCCUUGGUUGUCCAUGGCAAUGUAAAAGUUAUGGGAUCCCUUAUGCAUCCAUCAGACAUCCGAGUAAAAGAUGAUAUCCAAGAGGUAGACACCACAGAGCAACUGAAGAGAAUCUCCCGUAUGCGGCUGGUGCACUAUAAUUACAAGCCAGAGUUUGCUGCCACUGCUGGCUUGGAGAAUACAACUGAGACAGGUACAGGUGUUAUUGCUCAAGAGGUGAAGGAGAUUCUUCCAGAAGCAGUAAAAGAUUCUGGGGAAAUCGUCUUUACCAGUGGGAAAAGUAUUGAGAAUUUCCUUGUGGUAAAUAAGGAGCGGAUUUUUAUGGAAAAUGUUGGGGCUGUGAAGGAGCUCUGCAAACUGACUGACAACCUGGAGAACCGGAUUGAUGAACUAGAGAGGUGGAGUCAUAAACUGGCCAAGCUCAAAAGGUUGGACAGUAUGAAGUCAACUGGAAGCUCUGGAGCAUUCAGCCAAGCUGGGAGUCAGUUCAGCCGUGCAGAAAGCAUACCGCAUAAAAAGAGGUCCCCCAAAGUGGCAGUCAAGCCUCCCCCACAAGGAGUCAAAGACCAGGCUUGCAUCAGUCAACGUUUUCUGCAAGGUACCAUUAUUGCUUUGGUGGUGAUCAUGGCAUUCAGUGUGGUGUCCAUGUCUACACUCUAUGUGCUAAGUUACCGCAGUGAGGAAGACCUUGUGGAUAUUGAAGGCUCUUUUGCUGUGCCUACUUCUUGCCUUCUGGCUCUUUUUCAGCACAGAGGUCCUGGCGUCCCAGUUGCUCUCUGUCCAUGGUCCGGUCAGAACAUAGAUAAAAAUAAGAUGACAUUUUCCACUACUGCAUCAUCGAAUACCCCCAACAAUGCUUCCCCUUCUGAGAAUGCCACAACCCAUGUACCUGACUUGUCCCCUGCCUUGCCUGCCUAUAACAUAGUAGUCUGUUCCAACCCACCUUGUUUUUCUACCUGUUGUUCUUCUGUUCCCAACAACAUAUCUACUCCUGGACCUUCUGGGACCACUACAGUCGCCACCAACCGGAUAGACCAAAGCUUCGUGUCACUCCUACCAGUGACAAACAUCAAAGCCAAAUCAAGGGGGAUCAGCGGCAAGACAGCUUCCCACACAAAGUGGCCAAAGACUUCUGACCGAUCACGGGACUUUGGGGGUCCCAAUGCCAGCCCCUCCUCCCUCUUCACUAACAUCCAGGGCAAGUCCAAAUAUGUUGCCAACCUCCCCCUCACAUACAACAGCUUUCCUUCCGAUCAGACAUCACGGCAGCGACGGAGCAUCAGCCAACCAGAUGCUAAGGAGCCUGGCAUCGUAAGAAUGAAGCAUAAUGAAACAGCACCUGUGCUCCAGUCUGUGUCACUGUUGGAGGCGAAUGUGGUCAUCUUACCCCAAGUCUGUGCUACAGGGGACAAUUGCAGGUCUGGAAACAUCACUUAUCGUAUUCCCAUCAGCAAAUUUACAUCAGUGAACACAAAUCUUACUUUGGAAAUGAAUGCUUCCUCAGCUAUAUCUGGCUAUCUUUGUAAACUCACAUCCAACAGCCCAUGUCUGCACACUGGAAAUAAUCUAGACAACUUGUCUAAUGCAACAGAUAUUCAGGGAGCAACAUACCGUUGGCCUGUGGUCAUGAUGCCAUUCCAGGAAUUUACUUACCAUUUCCGACUAGCUAGGCCUGGCCAAGCUAACUGCAGUACCCCUGUGGAGCAGAUGGGUUCUCUCUUUAAUGACUACUAUUUCCAGUUUUAUUGGCUCUGUGAAUGAGUCUCAGGAACACCUGCACCCUUUUGAUAGAAGCAGAAAAACGAUGGGCUCCAAGACUCAUUUGACUGAAUGCUCUUUUCAAAGAACACCAUGCCCUGACUAGUUGCUUCUAAUUGAUAAUCUCUUCCUUUGGGCCUGAGUUACUUUGGUUUCCUUCCUAGCAGAUGGAGGUUAAUCUUAGAAUGUCAUACUUUGGGAAGCCACAAGCAAAACAAGGAAAUACAGAGGCAUUUUGUUUUCUUGAUUUGCUGUAGGAUGCUAGAAUUCCUCUGGCCUCUGAGUACACUGGAUUUUAAAAUUUUAGGCUUGACCAUGCUUGUGUUCAGUCUAUUUCAGAACAGACAUCUCAGAACUGAAAGAUAUGGCUUGACUGGAAACAAAUCUUGGUGCCCAGAAAGUCAAUGAAGCAGCUUUUUAAUGCAAAUUUCUUACCAAUGAUGUUAGAAGUCCUAUUCUAAAAUGGAAACACUGGAUCUGUCUGAAAAGGAAUUCUAUCUAGAUGUGUUGCAAGUCGUACACUGGAAUUUUUGACUUUCUAGCUGGCAGUCAGAUGCUUCUCUUUAAAGCUAUGCUUGGCAGAAAUCCUGGUGACACUGGAAUUCAGGGCUGAUAGUUGUUUUUAAUAGCAAUAACCAAUGGAAAAGCUAUGGGGUUUACCUCUCACUUCUUCCUGCAUCUAUCUUACUACAAAUUUGUAUUUGGCAGACAACAAACCUCAAGGACCCUGCAAAAGCCACUCUCAGGCAGGUCACAUCUGUACCCAAAGUGCCUUCUUUUCAGGACUGGAUGAAGAUGCUUCUCAAGAAGAUAGCUCUCUUCUUCAAAUAUACUUGAGAAAAUAGCUCCUGGGCUCUACAACUGGACUUCACAAUGCUGGUAUCGAAAAAGCAUUGACUGAAACCUUUUAAAUCCCAUUAUCUGUUGCUGCCAAAAAUACAUUCAUCCCAAAGAGAAUAUGGAAAAACUUAUAGUAUUAACCCUUGUGCCAGAAACCAGGAAAAGGAGGCCACCAGAAGCAAUGUACCCAGUGCUAAAAAUAUCUAAACUGAUUUUUUUUUUUAAAUCCCUAAGGGGUCACAGGGGUCUCUGUGAGGUAACAAACAAAAUACCUUUCUUCAUUCUAGGCUUUGAAUAUCCUUCAUAUUUCAGGUAAUUUACUGUUACAAGAUUUUAAUUUGCAUGUGGGGGGUUUUUCACCAAAAAGAGAAAAGAAGCAGCAGCCAACAUUCAAGUUAAUUAUUGAUUGGCUUGUGCCUCAUAGGAAACCAAAGUUGAAUCCACAGAGUGCCAACCUGAGCCAAGAUUUUGAAUUAGGUGCUGGGAUAAGUCAGAUGUAUAAGCACAAUGUCAAGGUAUCAGCCUUUUAUUCGAAGACAAAUGAGUUAGGUUGGUUCAGGCACUGGCCAUUUCUUUCUAAAAUAGUUAAAGAAGAUUUAUGUAGGAGCAACAACAGUUGCAUAGAAAACAAGGAGGUAAUCUGAUGGGGAAAGUAAGAAGCUGCUGGUUCAGCUCUCUCAACCAGAAUGAAAUUACUGUAUAAAGAAUAUAUGAAAAGAAGCAUUCCUGCCUUUGGCAUAUUCCAGCCAUCCAGCACUGCAAGCUUUUAAAUUGGAUUACUGUAGUUAAAAAUGACUAAAGUAGACCUUGGCUAUUGAUAUUUUUUUAAGCAUUGGUGUCUUUGUGAAAACAUACAGUAGUGUUGCCUGCAUUCCUUGGUGAAACUGCCACAUUAUUAAUUUAUCUAUUACCAGGUAGGCAUACUUUUAGGCUAUUAUCCGUGUUGCAUAUUUGACACUGCAUUGUAUAUCUAUGCUAAAAAUCGCACUUCCCGGAGAAAAAUGAUAGCUAAAAAUAGUUUUAUGAGAACACUUCUAAUAAAUGUAUUAAUAUGUAUGCUAACCUAGCAGUUCAAAAACAUGCAAAUUUGAACAGAUAAAUAGGUACCAUUUUGGUGGGAAGGUAACAGCAAUCCGUGUGCCUCAGUCAUGCUGGCCACAUGACCAUGGAAAUGCUGACUGCCUCAGCUACCAUAGAAAACAGAGAUGAGCACCGCCCCCUAGAGUCGGACACAACUGGACAGGGGAAACUUUUACCUUUAACCUGUUUUCAGAAAAUAAUGUACUGGUCUAAUUGUUCUUCGGGAUGCUUUAAAGCAAGUGGUACUUAUGGAUGCAAUAUAAAAUUAAUUCAUUGUUAAUGAUUGACAUCUUUCUUUGGGAUGCUGUAUGUUGUGUGCCCAAGAAUAGCUCCUAAAGAAAAAUAGCAGUUGGGUAUUCCUAUUCAUUGGGAGCAGUGAUGAUACACUUGAUGAUAUAGGGCAGUGUUGGCGAACCUUUUCAGCACCAAGUGCUGAAAGGGGAGCGCAGACGUGUGCAUGCCUGAAACCAAAGAGCAGCCACCCAGUGUGCAUGCACACGUUGGAAAGAUAAUCUUCCGGUUUCUGCCAUGCACAUGCGCGCUGACCACCUGGUCUUCCGGUUUCUGGUGUGUAUGCGAGUGCAAAGAGCAGCUGGCCAGCGCACGGGAGAGUCUCAAAAUUCAAAUGUGAAAAUUCGCCUGGGUCAUGGGGGGAAAAGGGUGGCGGGGGGCAUCGAAGCAGUCAGCAGUGGAGGAGGGAUGAGCCCCGCAUGCAGGGGCCCUCCACCGGCUCCACCUUGCCUUUUGGGGGCCCUCGCACCUCCCUGCCUGCUCCCCUGGUCCCUGUUGGGGUAGCAGGAUAUCCCCACCAAAAACUCAGUUCCACAGCCCUGAACAGGGAGAGAAAGUUGGGCGGGGGGAAUGCCAUCUCCCUCCGCUGGAAAGCCGGAGCCCCUUCCCAGACUUGGAGGGCAGUCCUGGGGCUUGGAUUGGGGGGUCAGCAGGCAAGAGAGCUACGCCCCAACUCUGCUCCAGCAUCCCAGCUAGAAGUGGCAGCGCGAGAACCGCUCCCGGCCCCUCACCCCCAGCAGGAGCAGUGGGCAGGGUGGCUGGCCGCCCAGCUAGCUAACGUUGGCCUAUGCACCCAAGCCAGCCAGGCGCUCUGGACCAUGGAUGUGCGGUGGAGCCGCAGGCUGGAGGACUGGAGCUGCGCAAGACGCCCACUCAGACAGGGAGUGAGGGAAGCCACAGCCCGCCCAUCCUGGCUGUUAGCUCUGCUCCCCUAGGAAGCAACUGCUGGGAUCCCCUCUCCAUGUCUUUGGGCACGCGAGCCAUCACCCGUUGCUCUUCUGGGUUUUGGUACGCUGGCUAGCUGGUCUUCACAGCUCAGGAGUGCCAGAAACUGGAAGAGCAGCUGCCCAGUGCGCAUGCCAGGAAGUUGAUCUUCCAGUUUCCGGCAUACACAUGCAUUCCGGCCAGCUGGUCUUCAUGCACGCAUGUGCACCAGAAACCAGAAGACCAGGUGGCUGGCAUGCAUGCGCGCACUGGGCAGCUGCUCUUCUGGUUUCCGGCGCUUCCAUGCGCGUGAAGACCAGCUGGCUAGCAUGGCGGAACCCGGAAGAGCAAUGGGCGACGGCUUGCAUGCCCAGAGAAAUGGCUUUGCGUGCCACUUCUAGCACGCGUGCCAUAGGUUCGCCAUCAUGGAUAUAGGGAGAAGACAGAAAAGUUCUAGUUAGGUCCACCUCAGAGAAAACAGACAUGUAAAGACUGGCAUGGCUGUCAUUACUAGUACUUGCCACCAGCUGGCAUUGUUGCACAAGAAAGAAUUAAUGAUCAGUUUUUUUACAGAUACAGGAAGAGAUCUAAGGAGCAAACAGGCAUGAAGUAGGAAAUCUUUAAUACAUACAGUAUUUAAUUUGGCACUUAAUUUCAGAUAACUAACAUUAACUCAAACUGGAAUUGUAAUUUAUUGAUGUCAUUACUAUAUGUUUUAAACAUUGAAGAUAAUAUAUACUUUAGAUAAGGCUCUCUGGCCAAAAAAAAAGUUUAAACUGCAGUCCUGUACUCACCAUUCACUGAUGAGUGACAGAAAGAAAUGAAUUUGAGUUCAGCAAUCUUCCAUAAGGAUGCACUGCUAAGCACUGCUUAUUGAAGGAUUGCACUGAUUGGCAUUUCAGUGCAGAAUUGAGCUUCAGUUAUCAUGAAGACAACCAUUGCCUGUACUUCUCUAGGCCAUCCUGAUAGCAUCAGCUUCUCUCUUCACCCACUGUUCUGUUUUCCUCUUUCCCUCUACAUUCUUUUUUUCUUCUCCUCUUCCUCUUCCUUCUCCUCAGUGCCUUAGUUUGGACAUAAUUGUAACAGAGCCAAUGUAGAGGAGAAUAGAGGAAAAUAUUGUACAUUUUAACAUGAUUUUGUUUGGAGUCUUUUUCCUCUAUACACACACUUGUGCUCAGAAUAACAAGAGUAAAUGAUGAAACCACAGGCCAUAUAAAAUAUUUCUUUUAUGGUUAUUCUUGGGAUGCUGUCCAUUUAAUCAUGUAAGCAUUUAUCAGGGACCAGUAUGAGAUGAAACAAAAUGCUUAAAAAGCCGUGAGGAGGGUUUGUUUUUUGGAACUAUUCUUUUUAAUUCAUGAUUUUGUCCAUCCUUAUUCAUUUGCAUUCAGCCUUUGCUAGAAUUUAAUUCUUGUUUAUCAUUGAUGAGUACAAUUGUAGUGAUUCUGAUCUGUUUCAAAGCAUAUUUUAUCUUUCUAGAACCUAUUUCCUAUAAAGAGCCAGCCAUGCAAGUAUCCAACACCCCUCCAGCUUCCUAUUUUCUAGCAAUUAAAUGCAUAUCAAGAUGCAUGUUUACUCCCCUCACAACCCUGCUUACCACCUACCUAUUGGUCUGUCAUGACCAUGCUUCUGAAGGCAGUGCAAGAACUGCUGUCGUUCUAGAGGAUUGUAACAAUCGUGACACUUUUUCCAUGUCGGGGUUAAACUCUUUCAGCUUCCCACAUAGUGGGAAUGUUAUUCCAGCCAAAUGGAAAGAAGUCCUGCAAUGGCGCCCAUUUAGUUAAAGAACUGCAAGUAGAAACUCAUAGAAAUGGAAGAAUCCGUUGUUCCUUUUUAUUCCAUCGUAGCUCUAUUAUGGCUCUUCUUAGUAGUAAGGUGCCAAAAUACUCCCUUAUUACAAGCAGUAAGAAAUCUUUAAACCCUUAGUUAAGAGCUAUUCAUUUAAAAACAAUCUGAUGAGGACAUUCACAUUUUCCUGACUAUCCCUUUACCUACUCCUCAAUACUGAUAUAAAUAGCUAACCCACCACUGUUUGUUAUCUAUCCUGAUCAGGGUGAGGCAGCAAAGACAAAAUGACAUCAGAAAUAAAAUAACCAAUCACUUUCUUCUCCCAGUCGAUCCAAUGGAAUUGGAGAGAAGGUAUCUGUGUUUAUAUAUAAGUAUGCAUGUAUGUAUGUAUGUGUGUGUGUGUAUACAUACACACAAGCACACAUAUACAUAUAUCAAAUCUUUUUAUUGGCAAAUUCACAUCAAAGUUUUCUCUGGUAUGCAUAAUCUUUUAUAACAAGUAUUGCUCUUUAUAUUACAGGUUUCAUUGUUUUAAAAUGCUGUAACACUGCGUCUAUAAUAUCUCAUUUGUCUCAAAAUGCUUCAAAAUAUCAAGUGUGGGAGAGAGAAAAUUAGCCAAAAAUCAUAGCAAAUUAAUAACCAUCAGUGCCUCAGUUAUUAGCGUAAUCACAUAAACUGGACCUUUCGACCAUACAAUCUUUACUCAUCUUCUCAGAACAUUCCUUCCCAUUUGCAUUAUUUACAGACUUCUGAAAAGCAAAAUAGUGAUUAACAACUGUAUCUGUUCCUGUCUGAUAGAGACAGGUUAAGAGAUGGUGCUUCCUGCUUAGUUGGUAGCUCACCUUUCCAAGAGCUAAAAUUCUAACUGUGCCUCUUUAGACACUUGGAGGAACAGGAAGAAAAAACAAGGGUGGAAAUGGAGCCAGCUUUUAAAGUUUGGCUACUCUGAAGGUUAGGAAUGAUUUCUCAAAAGGAAAAUCCAUACACUUUUUGUAUUUUUAUUAUUGUUAAAGCUUAAAGCCUGUAUAUAAAUAUUUUAUGCCAUCACUGUGAGCCUUAAGGAAUAUAAAGCACUAAUUGUUUUGUUUAAAAGUUGCUACCACAGCUUUAAUCAUUGUAUAUUGUCCACAAUUUCAAAGUCAUAUACUUAGUGAGUACUAUGUUAAUGUUUUAUUAUUAUUUUAGUUUGGUGGAGAAUAAGUGAAGUUGCUUUUUCUUCUACCACCUGCUUUUCCAAUUUGUAUUUAUAUUUUGUUCUUGUUUUGGAGUUCUGGUGGUCAGGAUUCCUCUACUUUUGUUUGCUUAUCUAGAGCCUAAUUCUUAGGAAAUGUACCUGUAUAAAUAAAUACCCAAGUAUACUACUUUGUACCCAA